AUGUCCUCCAACAACUCACCCGUCGUCCCCAUACAAGGCGGCAUCCUCGAAGGAGGAAAUCCCUCGUACUACGAUAAAAAGAAUCCCAUUGUCAUCUUCAUCAUCCAGGCGUCUAUAAUUAUCAUCUUCUGUCGACUACUACACUGGCCCCUCUCCAAGAUUCGUCAGCCGCGAGUCAUCGCCGAAGUCAUUGCCGGCGUGCUGCUGGGCCCCUCUGUCUUCGGUCGCAUCCCCGGUUUUACAGAUGCUAUCUUUCCAGAAGUCUCGAUUCCCAACCUCAACCUCGUCGCGAAUCUGGGCUUGAUCCUCUUUCUCUUCCUCGUCGGCCUCGAGACCGACCUGCGCUUCCUCAUCAGUAAUUGGCGUGUGGCGGCCAGCGUCUCGGCGGCCGGCAUGAUCUUACCCUUUGGCCUUGGAAGCGCCGUCUCGUAUGGCCUGUAUAGCUCCUUUCGCGACGAACCUGACACCGUCCAAAUCAACUUUGGUACCUAUCUGCUGUUCAUUGGUAUCGCCAUGGCCAUUACGGCAUUUCCGGUGCUCUGUCGUAUUCUGACUGAGCUAAAACUCCUAGGAACCAAUGUUGGUGUGAUCGUGCUUUCUGCAGGCGUAGGAAAUGAUGUCGUCGGCUGGAUCCUGCUGGCCCUUUGCGUCGCUCUGGUCAAUGCUGGAACCGGGCUGACAGCUCUUUGGGUGCUGCUCGUCUGUGUUGGUUAUGUCUUGUUUCUGUUGCUGAUUUUCCGUCCUCUGUUCCUGCGUUUCCUGAAAAGGACGGGGAGCUUGGCCAAGGGUCCCAGCCAGUCAGUUGUAGCGCUCACGUUACUCAUUGCGCUCGCCUCGUCCUUUUUCACUCAAGUGAUCGGCGUGCAUGCUAUUUUUGGCGGGUUCUUGAUUGGUCUUCUUUGCCCGCACGAGGGCGGCUUUGCCAUCAAGCUGACCGAGAAGAUCGAAGACCUGGUGGCUGCCUUGUUCCUGCCAUUGUAUUUCACGCUUUCCGGUCUGCAGACCAAUCUGGGAUUGCUCGACAACGGGACCGUCUGGGGAUAUGUCGUUGGGAUCAUUGCGAUUGCGUUUAUUGCCAAAGUGGCGGGAGGUGCUUUGGCGUCCAGACUGUGUGGACUCCUCUGGCGCGAGAGCUUCUCCAUUGGAGUUCUCAUGAGUUGUAAAGGAUUGGUCGAGCUGAUUGUCCUGAACAUUGGAUUACAAGCACACAUUCUCAGUACCCGCACGUUCACCAUGUUCGUUGUCAUGGCCCUUGUGACCACCUUCGCGACCACCCCACUGACUACACUGCUGUAUCCCAAGUGGUACCAGAUCAAGGUUGAGCGCUGGCGCCGUGGAGAGAUUGACUGGAACGGCAACUCAGCCCAGGAUGCCAGUCGCCAUGACAGCGUCGCAGCCGCAAAAGAUCAGCUGAAGACCAACGCCGUGCGCAAGCUGCUUGUUUAUCUGCGACUGGACGGACUGUCCAGCAUCUGCACAUUGGCAGCUUUACUCAGCCCUAACGACCAGCCUCCUGCGCCAAAGGUGCACCCCGAAAAGAAGAAGCAGGCGACAUCACCGGAGCCCGCAGCUGACGAAUCUGCCGCGACAGAGGAAGAAGAGGAGGAAGAAGCGCCCAAGCUUCAAGUGCACGGUGUGCGAUUGAUGGAACUGACCGACCGAGACUCCAGUGUCAUGAAGGUGUCCAAGAUCGACGAAUACACCCUCUGGGACCCCGUCAUCAACACCUUCCGUGCCUUCGGACAGUGGCACAACCUCUCCAUCAUGGCAGGAGUGUCAGUCGUGCCGGAGCACUCAUACGCCGACACGGUCGUGGGCAUGGCACACCAGGAAUCAACCGACCUGCUCCUCCUCCCGUGGAGCGAGACAGGAACAAUGACCGAACACCAGAGCGGGCUUGGAAUGGGAAUCGACGAAGCCAACCGGUUCACCAACGCGCCCUUCGCAGACUUCGUCUCCACCGUCCUGCGUCAGACAACGUGUAACGUGGGCGUCCUCAUCGAGCGCACCAUGACCCGGAAGCAACCCCCAGCUCUCCUGGGCAAGCCAUCUCUUAGCGGGAUGAGCGUCCAGAGCUCCGUGUGGGACACCAGCGUGCUCCCACCACCAGCCACGCGGUCGCACCACAUAGUGCUGCCCUUCCUAGGCGGCGAGGAUGACCGCUACGCGCUGCGCUUCGUCCUGCAACUCGCCAGGAACGACCAGGUGACCGCCACGAUCGUCCACCUCGCCGUGCCAUCCUCGGUGGCGGACGAUCCCGCCGGCCCCGGCUCAUACUCUACUGUGCAAAAAGCCUUGCCCAGCGAAGCCGAGUCGGACACGACAUUCUUUAAUAUAAUGCGCGAUUCCCUUCCCGAGGCCCUUGCGUCGCGCGUGGUCUUCAAGCGUGUAAGUGCGAAAAACCCCAACCCCGACACCGACCCGGCCACAUUGGCGGUGCACACCGUACAAAACGAAAUGAGCCAGUCCCCUCACAAGGCAGGGAACAUGGUCAUCGUAGGCCGGCGCAACAGCCGCGUGGCUGAGACGCCAUCGCAGGAAGAAAUUGAAGGCUGCGAGCACAACGGCGUAAGCGUAGCGCUAGGCGCGGUAGGGCAGGUCAUGGUGCGGACUGAAGCGCGCUUCGUGGGUAAUGUUUUGGUUCUGCAGGCUGGGCGGCCAGCGUGA